ACUCUCAGGCUCUCUGCUCCUUUCCCUGGAAAUAUGUCACCCAAUUCCAACCUCCUCAUCUCCUGCAACUUCUCUCCUAUUCCUUCCGUACUUGUGACCCCAACUCGUAGAAUUCAACCACUAUACUCUCCCAGAGCCCAAAAUUUUAACUUGGAAGGCGGGAUUCUUACAGCUAUAAACCGUAGAGUUUCUCUCACUGCCUACAAUCUUUUGCCUGCAUUUUCCCUGUAUAGGAGAAAGGGUAUUCUCCAUAUCUCUCGGAGCACCUCUGAGAGUCAAAACCCAAAAGACCCACUUUUGAAAGAAGAAUCUGCUGUUGGAGAUAAGUUUGGUGGUGGAAAUGGUGGGGAUUCGGAGGACUGGACGACGUCGGUUCUGCUGUUUGGCUUUUGGGCUGCUCUCAUGUACUAUGUUUUCAUGCUCACACCUAACCAGACUCCGUCUAUGGACAUGUAUUUCUUGCAAAAGCUUCUGAAUUUGAAGGGAGAUGAUGGCUUCAUAAUGAAUGAAGUGCUUGUGUCCCUGUGGUACAUUAUGGGUUUGUGGCCGUUGUUGUAUAGCAUGCUUCUGCUUCCAAGUGGCAGAAGCUCAAGACGCAAAAUUCCUGCAUGGCCGUUCUUAGUGUUUUCAUUCUUUGGUGGUGCAUAUGCUCUUAUCCCUUAUUUUGUUAUUUGGAGACCACCCCCGCCACCAGUUGAAGAAGCUGAACUUGGGAGAUGGCCUCUGAACUUUCUGGAUUCAAAAAUAGCUGCAGGGAUAUUGUUUGCUGCAGGAUUGGGUAUAAUUGCUUAUGCAGGUCUCGCAAGUGGGGAUGUGUGGAAGGAAUUUUACCAGUACUUCAGAGAGAGCAAAUUUAUCCAUGUCACAUGCCUUGAUUUUGCUCUAUUGUCAACAUUUGCUCCUUUUUGGGUCUACAAUGAUAUGACCACUCGGAAUUGGUCUGAUAAAGGUUCUUGGCUUCUGCCUGUAUCACUGGUUCCAUUCUUGGGUCCUGCCUUAUAUGUAAUAUUACGACCAUCACUUUCGGAUGCACCAAUAUCCCUCACUUCAACCACAACUGAGCAGGACUGAAUACCCAAUGGCUUCUCUCUACUUUCUUGGGCUAAAGGCAUUGAGAGGGACUAAUACCAAUUGGCUGCUCUUCACUUCUUUUGGGCUUCAAGCACUGAGCAGGACAAAUACCAAAUGGUAUCUCUUUGUAUUGUUUGGGCUUCAUGCAUUUGGAUCUUCUGUUUUGAUGAUCAAAU